GACAGACGUGGCAGCGGCAUCAUGGCUUCUGGGAACCGAUACGGGAGACGUAGGAGAUAGAUCGAAAUGUUCAUAUUCUUAUCGUUGGUUACAGUGUUAUCUGCUCUCCAGGCAGUGAAGGUGUCUCCACUCAUAGAAAAAGUCAAUGAUCACAAGGAUUUCAAGAAACUUCUAAGGACCAGAACUAAUGUUCUUGUCCUAUAUACCAAGUCAGCUUCAUCUGGAGAUGCACAUCUGAAGCUUUUGUCUGAUGUGGCUGAGGCUGUGAAAGGACUGGGCACUAUCGCAUGGGUGAAUUGUGGAGAUACAGAAGGCCGUAAACUCUGUAAAAAAGUCAAGGUAGACCCUAGCUCGAAAACCAAAGGAGUCGAAGUCCUGCAUUACAAGGAUGGAACCUUUAACACUGAAUACAACAGGCCGGCCACAUUUAAGUCCAUGGUGGCUUUCCUGAAAGACCCUGCAGGUGCCCCCCUGUGGGAGGAGAACCCUGAGGCUAAAGAUGUCGUUCACAUCGAGACAGAGAAGGACUUUCGGAAACUUCUGAAGAAAGAAGAACGGCCCAUCCUCAUGAUGUUGUAUGCGCCAUGGUGUGGCGUGUGUAAAAGGAUGCAGCCCAUUUUUCAGCAAGCAGCCACUGAGACAAAAGGAAAAUAUGUGCUGGCGGGGAUGAACGUGCAUCCGGCGGAGUUUGACGGGCUGAAGCAGGAGUACAGCGUCAAGGGUUACCCAACCUUCUGCUACUUUGAGAAGGGAAAGUUCUUGCAUCACUACGAGAAUUAUGGAGCUACUUCCAAAGACAUCACUGACUGGUUGAAGAAUCCCCAACCUCCACAAGCUAAAACUCCAGAGGUGCCUUGGUCAGAGUCGGGCUCUGCGGUUUUCCACCUGACAGACGACACCUUCGAUACGUUUCUAGAGGAGCAUCCUUCUGCCCUGGUGAUGUUCUACGCUCCUUGGUGUGGCCAUUGUAAGAAGAUGAAGCCAGAAUAUGAUGAAGCUGCUGAAAUCCUCAACAAAGAUCCAGAUAGUCCAGGUGUACUGGCAGCAGUGGACACCACCAUUCACAAGUCUAUAGGAGAGCGGUUUAAAAUCUCAGGCUUUCCUACGGUGAAGUACUUUGAAACAGCAGAAGAGAAGUACACGCUUCCUCAGUUACGGAGCAAAGACAAGAUCAUUGAGUGGCUGCAGAAUCCCCAGGCCCCACCGCCUCCAGAGAAAUCGUGGGAGGAGACGCCAUCCAGCGUGAGCCACCUGGCAGCUGAAGAUUUCAGGGAAAUUCUGAAAAAGAAGAAACACGCCCUGGUCAUGUUCUACGCUCCAUGGUGCCCGCACUGCAAGAACGCCGUCCCUCAUUUUACAACAGCAGCCGAGGUCUUCAAAGAGGACCGCAAGAUUGCGUAUGCUGCGGUCGACUGCACAAAGGGACAGAAUCAUGAGUUGUGUAAACAGGAAGGUGUUGAGGGCUACCCUACAUUCAGCUAUUACAACUAUGGCAAAUUCAGUGAGAAAUACAAUGGGGAAAGAGGGGAAGCUGGUUUCAUAGGUUUCAUGAGACAGCUCAGGGGCCGGGACCAGGAGAAAGUGGGAAAACGGAAGGAGGAGCUCUAACCGUGGGGGCGUGGUCCUGUACAUGGGAGGAGCCUAUCAUUGCACUGUGUCUUGGGCAGGGACAUCCCAGCACUGAUGCCACAGACUUGAAACCUCAGCUAAAGGCUAUUUUUUAUAAAGCUGUGCCCUUAUGUUUGUAAUGUACAACCGUCAGACCACUUCGGACUUUACUUUUCAUUUUAUUUUUUAUUUCUUCUGAUGUUUUGUGAAACUGUUCCCAAAUACUGUGACUUCAGUUGCUGAAAUCUACACCUGAAAUCUAUGCAAUACUGGGCCCUCGUUCCCCAGGGUCCCGUACAUGUGUCUGGUGGGCCGUUACUCCCAUUCCAGUGAAGAGGAAUAAUGUGUACAAUCGUAUCUGCAAAUAUUUUUGUUGUAUGACAUCAUGGCUUUUGUUUUGAAGAAAGUUGUAGCUCAACUUUGUGGCCUUAUAUGUUUGGAUAACUGUUGUCCAAACCGUGCAGUGCGUCUUUGACAAUAUUUUUGGGGAUACGCUAGGGCCAAAAGACAACAAAGCAAAUACAAGGACAUGUAUUCAAGUUUUUAUUUUUACUGUACUAAAAUUCAUUGUCGAUGGUGAAAGAAUAAAAUGACAUGAAAAACUAGAAAAUGCCACAGAAAGAAUGUUUCCAAAAAUGUCUGGCGGUUUUGUCCAUUCACGUUGGCCUACUGUAAAUUAACAUUUUGCUUAUGUCAAAGAUUAUGAUGUGAUUUGUACUGUACAGCUGAGUCUAUAACUUCCCACUCUUUCUGAUUUACAUUGCCACUCUGUAUCUCUAAUACACAUGAACAUUUCCUCAUAUAUGCAUGCAAAUGGAAACUGUAGGUGAUAAUGGGAGCCAUAGGUCAUUAUAGGAUAGAUUUAGUAUCUUGGUUCAUGCUGGAGGGAGAUGACUUAUUUAAGCCUUGUUGAGCGAUGCUGAUUUCACAGUUCUUACUGGUUGAUACAUUGCUGGAUGUUCUGUUUUACUCGCUGUCCGCCAGGUGCUGGCUCUCGUACUGAUAGCGCUACCCUUACCGAUCUCGGUGGCAACUGAACUACCCUGUGCGGAAAAACUCCCUGCUCGAGGCAGUAUACAUAUUUAAUGCUCUUGUAGCUUAACUUUUGUUGUAUAAUUCAGAGGCUUGGUUCGUUUCAUUAUGAAUAAGGUUCUCAGGGAAAGCAAAACCCAAUUGAGGAGAGCGACCGCGCGUGGUAAUUUGCAUUCCAUUUGGGUGUUCACUAUUCAUGUCGUCGAAUUAUGAAUUGUUUACAUGUGUCUUCGAGAGACGGAACAGAAAAAAUCACAGAACCGGAAUUCGGUUUAAAUUUCCUUGCAAAAUUUCUGACGAGAAGUAUUGAAUAAAACAUGAUGAGCCAAGGAGGUGUAGAUGUCAGUUAUAUUCAAGAUAAUGGAGUCAAGUUCAAAAUUGUGUCUAUAAGGGUAAAGUGGCAUUGAAUUCAUAUCACAAAGCCGAUCUUAAAAGAGGGAGACGGACAGGCAGCCUGUAUAGAAUUGAUGGACAUGUCAACUAUGGUCCAAAAUGAUUAAAUGAAAACUUUUUUUGCUGCCUGCCAGUGCUGUAGAGACAUAGCUCAUUCGUUCAUUGGCGUUUACUGCAAUGCUUGCCAAUGGUCGUAUGCCUUCAUCUGGUUCCAUCAAAUUAUUGUGUUGUAGAACAUUCUGCUUUGUCUUAUCCCAAAGGUUUGGAGAAUGUGAGGGCUAACACAAUAAUGCCAAGAAGUCAUUGUCGCAUUUGUCAUUUUUUGUGCCCAGCCAUAUGUACAGUUGCAUUGGUGAAUACAAUGCAAAAUAAAAGGCAUACAUUUCCCCCCCUAAAAAACAUCAUUCCAUGUACACUUUUAAUGUAAUG